CAAUUUAGAGUAGUAAAAAAAAAAAAGAUCACAAUCUUCUGGAUUAAUUCAAGUUUUUUUGUUACUAUUAUCAAUUAAAAGUAAAAUUUAAAUGGAUGAAAAUGAUGAAAAUGUUAAUAGGCAAGUUGAAAAUAAUCGUCGCAGAAAUGCCAGAAAUAGGCUGAGGCGAGAUGAAAUUAAUAAUCAACAGAAUGCUAGAUAUGCUGCUCGGCAAGCCGCAAAUAAUUUGAAUCAAAAUGAGGACAAUGUCAUUAGGCAAGUUGAAAAUAAUCGUCGCAGAAAUGCCAGAAAUAGGCUGAGGCGAGAUGAAAUUAAUCAUCUUCAAAAUAUUAGAUAUGCUGCUCGGCAAGCUGCUAAUAAUUUGAAUCAAAAUGAGGACAAUGUCAUUAGGCAAGUUGAUAAUAAUCGUCGCAGAAAUGCAAGAAAUAGGCUGAGGCGAGAUGAAAUUAAUAAUCAACAGAAUGCUAGAUAUGCUGGUAGACAUGAAAGAAUGCAUUGUAUAGCAAGAAGUAAUACUAUUCCAGAUUAUAAUUAUUUAAGAGAAAUGAAUCAUAUUUGUCAGCAUUGUGGUGCUAAGAAAUUUCCUGAUGAAACACAUUUUUUAUGUUGCCAUAAUGGAAAGGUAGUUUUGUCUCAACUUUCACCAUUUCCGCAAGAUUUACAAGAUUUAUUUACAGGAAGUUAUGUAGAUCGAAAUGCCAAUGUGAAUUUUCUAAAAUAUAUUCGAAAUUAUAAUGCCUGUCUUUCUUUUGCUUCAUUUACUGCUAAUGUAGUUCAACCCAUGAAUCAUGGGCCGCCAUGUUUUAGAAUAUGUGGUCAGGUUUUUCAUCGUGUUGGUAAUCUUAGGCCAGAUCAAGAUAUUCCUCCAACAUAUUGUCAACUAUACAUUUAUGAUCCACUUGCAGCAAUAAAUUUUAGAAUGCGACAACCUGGUAAUGAUCUUUGCUUAAAUGAUUCAAUGUUUCGGUUGCAAACUAUUAUUAGUGAGGAGAACCCAUUUGCUCUCGCAUUUAAAAACAUGGCUGAAGUGGAAGAUGAAAAAAUUCGCCAAGCAGCUAUAGAAGGUCGCUCAGUCUCAGUUGUAAAAAUGUCUUUACUUGAAGGGCAAGAUAGACGUCGCUAUAAUCUCCCUUCACAUAAUGAAGUUGCAGUUGUAUUUGUUGGUGAAGACAUGUUUAUGUUGCAUGUUCAAGAACUAGAGCAUUUAAUAGUUUAUUUUUUAAAAUUGAUAAACAUCCCAUUCAAGGUAUGAUAGGUGAAAAGUGUUAUACAAAUAAUGUUGUAUUUUCUAAUGUUCUUAAUUUAUAAUUAUGAGAUUUUUGUUAUAAUUUCACUUUUUUUCAUAGUUUUAUUUUAUAUUGUUUUAGUAAUUAUAUUUGUCUUUAUACAUGUUUAUAAUUGUUAUAGGUGUUAUGUAAGUGUUAUAUUUAUGUUAUGUGUUAGUUGUUAUUUAAAUUGUUCAUGUAAUACUUGGGCUAUAUGUGUUAUCAAGGUAUAUGUGUUUAGGGUUUGUGUGUAUGUGUUUAUAGUUUGUGUAUAUAUGUUUAUAUUACGUUGUUUCCAUGUUUUCAAAGUGGUGUGACUUGGCAAACGUGUCGAGCAAGAUAGUUAACCUUGCCAGCCAAGCGGUGUACUUAAAGCAGAGGUGUGACUUGGCAGCGUUUAGUGCCAAGUGGUGUUACUGCUUUGUUGUGGCUAGGUUGUGUUGUCUAGUCUUUUUUAAUUAUUCUGGAAACACGUAAUGUCUAUUAAUAUUAAGCAUCAUAUGUACAUACAAAUAUGUAAUGUGUUAAAUGUGUUAAUAUGUUUUAUAAUGUUAUAUCGUCACGAUCAUAGCACAAUUGCCUAAGUCAUUUUUUGGGGGUUUUUUGGAAGUUAAGAGUUGAAAUAUAUAGCUUAAACAGUCUAAUAAUGUGGCAAAUCGCCUUAAACCAAUCAGAAAGGAGUUGAUUUUUAGUUUUUUCACUUCUGCUUAAAUCCGCUUUUUUACUUAUAUCUUAUUGCUUUUGACCUAUAUUCUAUUGUGUCUCAACGGUAAUACACAUAUCAUUUCUAAAGCAAUAUAUGAAAGCAUCUAAGUAAAAAGAUGCCAAAAAUAAGCCAAAGUGACGUAGCAAAAGAAAUACCGAAGUUAUUCAUUUUUUUUUUUUAGUUUUCUCAAAACAAGAAAAAAAUUACUUAGACGAUUGUGCUAUGAUCGUGACGAUAUGUUUAUAGUUUGUUUCUUUGUCUAUUUUAUGCAGUGGUUUCAAAGUGGUUUGACUUUGCCAUUGUAAAGAGCAAGUGUAAUGUGUACUUAUAAAUAUCUUAUGUGCUUUUGUUGUGCGUUAUCGUUGUAAUAUUGUUGUGAUGAUUUGUGUUGAUAGACAGUUGGCUUACCUUCCCGUUGGUGUCUAUCGUUAAAAAUGAUUAAUUGGUAGUUCUAUUCAUGGAGCUUACUGUUUCUAAUCAUUCACUAAAAGCCAAGACAAAACAUAUUGUUAUAAACACAAUUUGUUUAUAUUUCAAUUUGUUUUUUUUUUUUAUCUUUAGUGUUGUGCAUAGUUCUAUUCUUUAAAACAUUUUUAAUUUGUUUUUUAAUAAAUGUUAAUUUUUUCGUCUUUAAUAAAAGCCAGCAUGAAAUAAUGUCAUUGAACAACACCAUUAAAUAUUGCUUCAUCAAAACAGCAACUGCAGUUUGCCAAAAACAGACACCAUGUGACGUAUUUAUGCGAUACAGGAGAACACAAAUAAUAAUUAUGUUUUGUUAUUAAAUAAUAAAGUUUUGUUAAAAAAAAUAUUAUUAAAUAAA